AUGGAGCACCACACUGUGUGGCCGCGCGUGCAACUACGCCUACUUCUAUGUAUCCGGUGGUGCCUGUGUAUCAUUGCUGUCGUGCUCGCGGGCUAUACUGGAACGCGCUUCAGGGUCUUUCUCAGCGGGGACGACCCCGUCAGGCAGCUCAUGCGCGCCAUGGUGGCUCUGGUCUUUACGACCGUGCUGGCAGAGAUCCCGGCCUUGCUGGUACCGCUGGUGUACCUCGCCAAGGGAAGCUUGACGCCGGCCCUGAUGGUGCGCAUGUCGGCCGCGCUUGUCUUUCUCUGGGUCGCCAUCAUGGGACUCUGCGCUGGUAUACUGGGAUCCUAUGUGGACCUGAGCGCGAAGCACGAGGAAGUGGUUGGCUUGCUGGCUGUCAUCAUGCUACAGGUGGUUACCACAUUUUACAUGCUGGGUUGGUCAUCCAAUAUAAGACGCAGGGGAUACGGCGAACAGGUACGCCGUGUUCAACAUCCAGCAGUCCCUGAACGGGAGGCCAGACAGCUACCGGCAACGAGUGCUCGCCCAACCUCUCUGCCGACACCGAAAGCUGCUGCCACACUCCCAUAUCGGUAUCCAGCCCAGGCCAUUGAGCUCCCUGCGGAGCGUGAGCCAGUGCCAGCCCAAGAAAUGCGUGUGACAGCUUCUCCGCCACUUUUGGAGCUGCAGAAUGUCUAUCAGCCACACCAGUCACAUGAACUCGCCACGCAGUCACGGACGGGCCAUCCAUUGCCACCCAGACCAGGAAGCCACGGAUACAUCACGAACCAUGACACGAUCGUUGUCAAUGGCGUGGUGUACAGGGCUGUCACCCCUGGCCAGCCCUUCCGGCCUGUUUUUGAACUCUACGGCGGUUGA